AUGGAAUGGGUACGACAAAAGUUGAACGGGCAGUAUCAAGCCGAAGAAGAUUACGGUAUUUCUGAUAACUUCACAACAAUUGGAUUCACAUCAUUGAUAGAAGACAGUCCGAACUGUUCGUUUUACGAAUGGUCUCGAAACCCAUCACACGCCCAAUUCUUCCGAAUUUUCUCAAUAAUUUCUGUUUUGACUGUUCUGGUAGUCGUCGUUGUUCUUGGAAAUGCACUUGUGAUAGCUGCCGUUCUUCUGAGAAGACGUCUACGAUCAGCAACGGGCCUCCUGAUUUUGAGUUUAGCCCUGGCUGAUUUACUAGUGGGUACGGUAAUUCUACCGUUUAGUAUUGCAAAUGAAGUGUUGGAUCAAUAUUGGAUUUUCGGAGAAACAUGGUGUACGAUAUGGUUAACAUUGGAUAUAUGGAUGUGCACAGCAUCAAUUUAUAACUUGGUUGCUAUAUCAAUUGACAGAUAUAUUGCUAUAAUCAAACCAUUAAAUUAUCCAAUGUUAGUUACAAAAUUCCGGGCUAGAUGCACCGUUGCGAUCGUCUGGAUCGGAAGUUUUCUUAUUUGCUCUCCAAGUUUCUUCUUGGCAAGCUCAAUCAAAGACAAAGAAACUCCGUGUAGAUGUACUCCUGCAAAUGCGGGUCGUGUCUACGUGGUAUUUUCUGCUUCCAGUAGUUUCUAUAUUCCAAUGAUCAUCGUCGUCUUCGUUUAUUUCCGGAUUUAUGUAGCAGCGAGAGCAGCUACUAAGUCAAUUUAUUCGGGAAUGAUGAGCGUAACGGCAGCAGCAAAUAAGAAACAGAAUCCGAAAAGUUAUCUUCUGAAUCAUCCGGAUGUUAUUAACAAAGAUUCUUUACCCAUGCUACGUGUGCAUCGUGGAUCCUCAGUGGUCGCUCAAAUUACACCCAACAAGCCAUAUAAUGCCGCAACGUCCCGACAAAACGGAAAUUCCAUCGACGCCGCCGCAGCAAACGGAGCAUCACAGAUUACUGCGGCGGCGGUAGCUGCGAAGGCUAGAAAAUAUGCGAAUGAAUCGGCGAAAACAUUGGUGAAUCGAGGAGCAACACAACAAGGUUGUGGAGUAGGAGUAACCGGCGGAGUAAGGCACAAAAGACACGGAAGGAGCAGCGAGAGUUCUGUGGAUUCAUUAAAUGGAACAAAUUCAUAUUCUGCAACACCUCAUAAAUCAGGAAACGAAGAACUCGGGUCUCUGAUUGAGAAUUCACGAAGCAGUUCCACCGACUCCACUGAUAAAACCGAACCAUUGACAAAUCAAACUGAUGACAACUUUUCAAUGACUAAUAAUAACAACAAUGGAGAUGAAAAGGAAACAUGUGAUGAGUCGUUGUUAGGGAAUGAAUCGAAGAAGAAAUCGAAAAGUUUGGCUUCGAAAUUCAAUCAUUUGAUGCGUCGUGGACAAAAGAAACGAACAGCUGGAGCAUAUGAGAAGAGGUUGUCUUUAGAGAUCAAAGCUGCCAAAACUGUUGCCAUUGUAACCGGGUGUUUCAUUUUCUGUUGGCUCGGAUUUGCGUUGGUAUACGGUUUGGAGAUCAAGCUGAACGACGUCGUCUGGAGUAUCGUAUUUUGGCUUGGUUAUUUGAAUUCCGCUCUCAAUCCUGUGAUCUACACAGUCUUUAACCGUGAAUUCCGGAUAUGUUUCAAGCGUUUGCUAACAUGCCAUCACUUGAAUCAUCCCACACAUAAAUACACCAACAACAAUUCCUACAAUUCAACAGCAAUUCGAUCAACAAAUGCUGUAAACCGUGUUCCGCAAACGAGUCUCUACAACUAUACUCAAACCCAAAACUCAGAGAAAUCUUCGGCGGCUGCGGUAACUUUCAACACUCCAACUAAUUGA